ACCUAAGACUACCCGCAACCCCCCCCUCUCUCUUCUUCUUCCUCUCUUUCUCUCCUUCUUCUCCAAAUAUCCUCCCAUGGAAGCCCCUACCCCUCACACCCCUUCUCCCUCACGUCACACACAACACAUAUAUGCACACAUACGCGACGCAUACACACACAACUCGUCGAUCUCCCUCUCUUGUCCGCCAUGGUUGCGUCUUCAAGAUCUUGCCACUGCGUCCAUUGCUUUGCUUCUUCUUCCUCGACACAUGCUGCCAGCCAUGGCUGCGUAUACAGCUCUUCAAAAGGACCAAAAGAUCCCAUCACUGCUGUCCGUCAUGGCUGCGUCUCCAAGCUCUUCAAACGAGCACAAGAUCUCGUCGUAUUGCUGCCCGUUGUUUCUUCUUCUCCGCUCGUCGUUGCUACUGUCUUCUUCUUCAGAUCGUCACCUGUUUGUUGCUUCUUCUUCUCCGACGUUGUUGCUGCGUUUCUCCAUUUCUCGCGCUGCUGCCAUGCUUCCUUCUUCGUCCUCUUCCAAACAACCAAACUACUUUCCGUUCGAGUUCGUCGUCGCUUCGAUCCGGUACACUACUCUGAAUCAUUUCAACAUAUGUAUUGAAGAUGAAAUGAAAUGGCCGGAAGAUUUAAGUUUUUUUUAAUUAUAGAAUAUUCGCAUUUUUAGUUAAAUAUUCAUUAUGUGUCUCAUGUUAUGUAAAUGGUAGAAGUAUUUAUUAUGUGAAAUAUUAAACUGCGGGACUAGUGGAUGGGUGUCAGUAUGAACACCAUAAGUAUUAGUUUCGGCUUUGUUAAUUUUUUAGCUUAAAAUCGCAUUCAAAUCGUUAGUAAAUAUUCAAUACGAGAAACCGACUUAAUUUGA